AAACAGGAAGCGCACGGAGCUGUGGCCAGGAGCGGGUAGCGCACAUCAAGCAGGCUGAACCGAGGAGCAGGCGGAGGAGCGGCUGCAGCUCUAUCAUCACAUAGGGAUUUCGGCAGAGCACUGUUCUUUGGAAGAAUAUUUGCACGAGUCAGGCGACCCUUCAACGCACACUCCCGAAGAUGAAUUACUUAAUUUUUAUGUCAGUGUUCUUUUCCGCGGUUCUCGCGGAAAAAUCAGCACGCCUGAAAUUCCUUGUGCACGGACCCCCCCGGUUCCACUUUGCCAAGCCUGAGAACUACAUCAGCAUGUACCACCAGGAAGGUACCAACACGCUGUACGUAGGGGGGAAGGCCAUGGUCUUCAUCCUCACCUUCACAGACCGAGGGGUCCGCGACCUGCAGAUCCCUGUGGAGAGCGAUGACACCGCCAAAGCCACAUGCAUGGCCAAGGCCGCCCCGCCCAAGUUGGAGUGUGAUAAUUUCAUCACUGUCGUCCAGAAGGUUAAUGACACCUUUGUCGUGUGUGGAACCAAUGCUGGGAGCCCCAAGUGCUGGUUGCUGGUCAACGAGACGGUGCUGACUGAUGCCCAGGGCAGUGGGCUGAUUGGCUCGCCGUCCGACAUUUCCCCACCGUACCCCUCCCAGAAGGCCAUAAGCCUCGCCACAGACGGCGGGAGCCUCUACUCAGCCCUGUCAUCGGUGGGGGGUCACACGGGAUCCAUUCGCCGCACCUUCGGCUCCCAGAAACUGCUGAAGGCUGAGAACGUCUGGUUGCUCAAUCCCCAGUUCGCCGGUGCAGCCAUCAUCCCGUCCUCCCUGAAGUACAAGGAGGAGAUCUACUUCUUCUUCAGCGAGUUCAACAAGACGGCCCGGGUGGAUGAGGAGCCGUAUCGGGCCCGCAUCGGGAGGAUCUGCACUGUGGACGAGGGGGGCAUCAAGCCGUUGCUAACCGACUCGUGGACCACCUUCAUGAAGGCGCGUAUGAUGUGUGGCUCUGGCAGCACCCAGCAGCAGUACAACAACAUCCGGCAGGCGGUGGUGCUCACGGCCCAGGACAAGCGCGCUGGCGUCCUGUACGGACUGUUCUCCAACCCAUGGGGGAGAACAGUGAUCUGUGCCUACUCCAUAGAGGACAUCGACCAGGCCUUCUCCACCUCCAAGCUACGAGGAUACAGCAGCCCCUUCACCGGAAACCGCCCCGGAACGUGUGUCCGCAGGAACUCCACGGCUGGGGGCCACAACGACAUCAAGAACCUGGGCAUCAUCCGGUACCACCCUGAGAUCGAGGACGUGAUCCGGCCGGUGGGCGUGGCGCCGCUGGACCUGCCGACCGACGACCAGAUCACCCACACCGUGGCCGACAUCGUGCUGGCAGUCAACGAUGAGCACUACAGCGUCCUGUACCUGGGGACCGAACAAGGCAAGGUCCUCAAGGUCCUGCACACCAGUGAGGACGCCUUCGUCAUCGCCCAGUACACCCUGUUCCACAAUGAGGGCCCCGUCCAGAACAUGGCCAUUGACGGGCCAAAGGGACACCUCUAUGUUGGCACAGCGAUGGAGGUCCAGAGGCUGCAACUGGCUGACUGCGGUCGUUAUGGUGACACGUGCAGGGACUGCAUCCUCUCCCGGGAUCCGUACUGCGGAUGGGACAGGGCCAGGAGGAAGUGUGUCCCCAUUCCAACUGGCUACAACAUCACCACUGGGUCUCUGAUUCAGAACCUCGAUCAGUCCAACGCUUCUGUUUGCGGGGUAGCUGCUGCAGCCCAAAAGCAACACAAAACCUCCCCCAAGAACGUGGUGGUGGGGUCCAGCACCUCCGUUUUCCUGCCCUGCCCCGUGCGCUCCUUCCACGCCACCUACCGCUGGGAGAUGGACAACUUCAUGAAGAGCUACCCCUGCCUGUUCUCCGGGGACUCAUGCGUUCUAGGGCCCACAGCGGUGGACCUGCCCCUGAAGGAGGGCGUGUUCCGCUGCAUGGCCACCGAGGACGGCGUCAAGACGGAGGUCAUCUCCUACCGCUUGGUGUACAACGCGGGGCCCCUGGCCGCCUCGCUGGCCUCCACCCUGGGCUCCUCCCUGCUGCUGGCGGUGGCCGCACUCUGGCUGCUGUAACUCUAGCCCAUGCUAACGCUAACCCCUGUCUCUGUCUUCACCGAGGUCUCCAUGGUGACAGGAGGAAUAAGAGGCGGGCGUGGCCACCGUCUGAGGUCCAGGUCAGGUUCGCAGAGCAUGGAGGUACAAAAAGAGUUUGAGAUGCUCUCCUCGAGGAACCUUUUUCUCCCGUAUUGAUUUUAUUAUUAUUAUUUUAUUUUUUUGGGGGGGGAAAAUGUGUGAAAAAAGUUUUCAGGCCGAAUGUCAGAUUCAAUUGAUAAAAAAGCAUAAUUGUAAUGGUCGUAGUAUGAAAGCUGCAUCAAAUCAAAACCACAUAUUUUACAAUGAGUCGUCUGCAAAUUGAAGCAUUGUUGCCUAUGAAUUAUAGGAAACAUAUUAAGAAUGAAUCUAGAUCCAUACUCCGACAAGUGCUUUGCGAACCUUGCCUUUUCUGACUUAAAAAUAAAAUACAUAUCCGACAAGUGGAGUAAAAAUACAAUACUAAGCCAAUUACAAUAUUUCCGCCAGUCCGCAAAUCACUUUAAUAGCUAUACUUAAUAGUGCUUAUUUGUGAAAUUGUGAACCUUUAUCACUGCUCAUACAUCUAAACACACAUACACACAUGCUCAUUGAAACUUUGUUCGUACAUCUAGCUAGUGCAUCUCUAUAAGUAAAGGAAAUAAAUAAAUCUGAUAAGGAGAUCUGAUGAAACUCUAAGAAAGCCUUAACUCUUUUGGGACAUUGGCCCCUAAGCACAAUCCUUUGGCAGACGAGGAGGAGGUGAAACAUGGCCGCAACGCUUGUCUCUGUAAGCACUGCAGUCAAGCGCGACGACAGUGUUGGGGAGCAAGCAGCCGCCUAAUGACAGGAAGUAGGCGGACGGGUACAAACUCAUUCUGGAAACAUCACUGUGUCUCAGCAAAAAAGGCAGGGUUUGGUUUUUUUUUUGGAACGAUAUCAGUCGUAUUUUAUCUUACUCUUUGUUCUUGCUGUAAUUUGCUCUGCUCUGUGCUUUUUAUUUAAACAAUCGUGUGGUAAUAACAACCCAAAUAUGUGAUAUAUUUUUAUCAUACUAUAGGGCUUGUACAUCGUGACGUCACAAUGCAAUGGCUGCCUCCGUUUCGGAAGUAUAGGAGCAAAGGAAUGUUAUUGGUAGUGAUGGUGUUUGGUUAUUGUUUAGUGAUUAAUCGUGAAAUUAUUUGUCCUUACCGGUGACAUUGUUCUGUUUGAAACUGCUGCAGCGUUUCUCAUGCGAGAUGUGGCAAAACAAAGUUUUGAUAAUCCUAGGUUAGGGUAUUUUUUCGUUUAGGGUUUAACAUUACUACUACCCUCUUGAUUCAACACAAUGGGGGAGUAUCGCCAACAAAAAAUCCCAUGAUGCAUUCUGAUGUACAAGCCCUAUUGCUAUUACAACUGUAGAAAAUAUCAAGUGGAAAUCCUUUAAGAAAUUUGGAUAUUAUGACCAAAACAGAAAUACACUGAACCUAAAUACAAAUAUUUUAUUAUGCAGAAAGGGAGUCCAUGAAAUACUGUGUAUCCAAUAAUGUAAUUAUAAGUUGAUAAUUCGUAUUUUAUGGAUGACGUGCCAUAAUGCCAUAAAGCAGCGUAAAAAAAAAGAGCUAAUACAAGAUGUUUUCUUUACUUUUCACGCUUUUGUUGGUGGUCAGACUAUUAUGGUGACCCGACAGCGUUUGUCUCUGACUCUGGCCCCAGCAGCCAGAGCAGCCAAGAGGGCUCCUGUGUGUACCAUUCAGCUCAUCCUGGACCCAAAUGCAUGACUUUUGCUUUACAUUCAUCCCUCAUCCAAUGUACAAACAAAAAAUGUAUUGUAAAUGUGGUGUGCUUUUUUGCUUUCACCUUUUCAGUUCCAAAAAAGACAUCCACAUGAGUGCAAUGGGCAGAGGAGGAUUAAAGUUUCGUAGUUUGUGUGUUAGAUUUGUUGUUUCAUAGUUUAACCUGAGAAUAGAAAGAAAGGUUGUGAUUGUUACAAUAUGCUAUGUGAAGAAUGUUAUGUAUUUCAUUGCUCUGCCAGUGCUGAAUCCUACCGUUGCUGCCUAUGUAUGUGACUGUAUUGUCUUGUUAGUUUGAGGUUUUAUAGGCCAUAGUUAUAACAUGAUGUGUAACCAUCGAAUACUUUGACCGCGACCACCCCACUCCAGCCAAGGGAGACCCAUGUUAACAGGCAGACUUUGACUGGGUUGAUUUCAUACCCAGCCAAAGCGCCCAGAAGAGAAAGAGAUGGCAUGAUUCACUAUCUUAACCUAGCGCCAGAGGCAGAUCCCAACGCAUUUGCUUGACCUCGUAGUGUUAUCAUUAACAACAAAAAAUAUUCUCUCUGUGGUGUUGACUGUGACAGUUACACUGCUGUUGUACUACAAUUUCCACUCAUAAAAUAACACUGAAUCUAUAGACCAAAGGCAUGCACGGUAAUUCAUAAUAUAGCGGUCGCUGCAACUGGCCACGGAAAUCAUUGUUAAAUAAUAUUGCUUCCCCCCGGCUUAACCAAACUAAUUAUUAUGUCGGGGACAACAUAAAUAGGCCUAGUCAAUCAGACUUUGGGGCCGACAGACAAUGAUUAUUAAUUUCGGUCCAAGGCGGAAAUAUAUAACAAUGGAUGAAUCUUGCCGUCAGUAAACAGUCUCACUCUGCGCCUGGUCUGGUUGUUUUGUCCUCCUAAUGUGAGGGCUGCUGCUUACUGCAUUGCACUGAAACAGACUGUGAACUGUGUCGUAUACUAGCGCUUGUCCACAUCCACAUGCCUGGUGGUUGGCUUGUUCCCCUGUACCAAUCUAUUGCAGCAGACACUUCAUCCAUGCAAAGGGCUUAGAGACAUCGCAGCACAUUGGGGACUGAAUCCAGUACCCCCCCCCCCCCCCCCCCCCCCCCCCCGAGCAUCAACCCCAGCAGAACCAUAUGGCCCAAACACUGCUAGCUACACAUGCAAGAAGGCUUUGCUUUAUGAGGAGUCCAAAGCCCCACCGGGCUCACUCCUAACUGCUGUAAUCUGUACCAUCGUGUUUUCUAAAAACACAAUGUUUUGUGUUUUGUGUGGAUCACAGAGCGGCACGGCGCUGCAGCCAACAGCGGUUCAAUUAAGAAAAUGAGCCUCGGCGUCGGCCAUUGUUGGGCCCAUGGGGCUUCCUCUUCUGCCUCCCUUGUUCGGUUUCGGUUUUAGCACCUCAAUGAAGGGCCGUGUGUCAGAACGGUAGAUGGUAAAAGCAGGCAGUGAGUUGAGGCUGCAGCAUAGAUUAUGUUCACUCUUCAUUGCCGCUCUGGCUGGUGCUACUGGUGUAUUAUAUACAGACGAUUCUCAUUGAGCACUUUAGUUAAUCACCCCCCACUACAGGCCAUCGCUCUCAUGACAUCACUUAAUACGCCUCGCACAGCACAGGCUGCAUCUGCCCUUGAAACUGGCUCAGAGCUGCUGAUGCUUCUGCUAUUGCUGCUGCACCAAAGGCUACGGCAUACUACAGGUUUUUAACACACAGUCAUACUCAUAAACCGGCCGUUUAACAAAAACACUGGCUUUCAGGCAUUCAGGACCUGUUGCAGACGAAUCAGCUGGAUCGGGUGAAGGUAGUUGUCCUCCGUUUCUACUUCGGGUUUUUCCAGUGCCAAGUAGGCAACUAUAUCUUAUGUGUGUGCCACAAUUAUGUGUCUUGAUAUCUAUAUCGAUUUAUAUAUAAGUUUAAAGAUAACAUGAGCGAUCUAAUAAAGUGAUUUAUAUAUGUUCCAUGCCCUUCCAAUGCCACCUCAUGUAUUUUUAAAGGACAUAACAUCCAUCCAUAAUGACGUGUUUCCCAGAAUUUAAGAUGUGCAGUGAAAAUUAAUAAAGUACUCAAAUGAUAUCUCUCA